UGUUUAGUUUACUGAGAAUAUCUUGUAAAGAAAAUUUUAAUUUGAGCUUUCUUAAAAUGGAAAUGGAAAAGAUAUUGAUGCCAGCAAUAACAAGGACAGAUUCAUUUCCUGAUAAAGGAAGAUUUCAGUUCAACUUAAAUUUUAAGGAAGAUUUAAGAAAGCCAACAAAAUCUUGUCUUUAUACAUACUCCCAUCGUUUAAAUAAACUUUACGUGCAGCCAAAUCACAUAAUAGAAAUCCCAUUCACUUCAUUUUAUCUUGAUACUAAAAAAAAUUGGAAUAUACAGAGUUUUUUAAUAUUCAAAAGUAUUGUUCAUAGAAAUGAAGUGGUAAUGAGAUGUCCAAACCACCUUGAACAAGAUAAAAACACAGAAAAAAAACAUUUUGUUUUGCAAUGCCAGGAACCAAAUACAGAAUUUUUCGUACCUAAGAAGCUAAUCUUUCCAGGCACAAAACAUUAUAUUAACAUUUUGCCGAUUCCAGGAAACAUAUUACCUAAUGAAGAAAACUCUUUUUCAUUGAAAUUUAUUUUUGCUUGUUCAAGUGUAUGUCAAGGUGGGAUAAACAGGCGACCGUUAAUUCUGGUUUUCAAUCUAUGUGAAAGAGCUGAUGUGGUAGAUCAAAUCAUGAUGGAUAUUAGUAUAUGUUCUUGUCCUGGUAGAGACAGAAUAAAUCAAGAGGAAAAACAAAUAAACCGUUUAACCACUAUCAAAAAAAUGCAUAAAAAAAGGCGUUUUUCAGAGGGUUGUUCAAAUACUUUUGGAAAUAGUUCUUGUAAUGAUGAAUGUACAAGCAUUGUUAAAGAGAAUGAGGAUUAUGAUGAUAAGGAUGAUGAUAACCAACUUUAUACAGUAACAGCUAGUUCUGAGAAAAACUUAGCGUUACUAGAAAGUUUUAACAAAUUAAUGGAUGUUGCUUCUUUUCAAUAUCCAUAUAUUUUUCAAAGCAUCCAAAAAAGGGUAAAAAGCUCUUCCACAAAUGAAUAUAUUGGAGAAGAAAAAGCCAAUCACAAAAGAGCACAAAAAGUAUGCAGCAAUGAAAAAUCUGGAAUGUUUAACACAAUACAAGAACUUAAAAAAAUAUCUUAUCAACUUGAUAUGCUAAAAGGAAUAAAAACAGAUGCACAUCAUUCAUGUUUUAAAUACAAAAAUGAAGAGCAAUUAUGUAACAAUAAUAACCCUGAAGUUGAGUCUUUGUCAAAAUAUCUUCUAACAGAACAUUAUUUUUGCUAUUGGUGUUCAACUUUUUAUUAUAGUGCGAGUAGUAUUACUUGUCAUUGUCUUCACCAAAAUAAAGCUAUUUUCUGAUAAAUAAUAACGGAGGCCUGGAACCUUAUAUUUUUAGAUUUUUUAUUUUUUAUAAGUGAAUUUGUAGAUAUUUUGUUGUUCAAAAAAUAAAAAUUUUUAUUGCUUCU